GUCUUACAAGAGCCGAACGCACAAUCGGUUGCAAGCUCGUCUCCAGUUUUAGUAAAAAAGCGUUAAAGUAGCAAAUUCUAUUCGAAAAUGUCUGAUGAAACAUUCGAGUCGAAAAGUGUAUUGUUUUGUGUGCCGGUUGACGAAGUUUGCAUGAAUUUGCUAAAGUGCCAUGGCAUUCAAGCUGAUACAAAACUAAAUGUGUGCGAUAAAAAAUUGUGUGAUAUGGUAAGAGACUAUCACGCCGUCAUUGCGUCCUCGAAUACCAAAUUGUCAGCGGAAAUUUUCAAAGCCGGCACUGAAAACGGUGGAAAACUGUGUGCGGUAGGACGAGCUUGCGGCGGUGUCGAUAAUAUCGAUGUGGCUGCUGCUGGAAGAUGUGGUGUUGUUGUGUUAAAUCCACCGAGCAAAUGUUCAAUUACUGCUUUCGGCUUGUCAUGUCUAUUGAUACGCGCAUUAUCGCCGCCAAUUACGCCGGUAGGGGAAAAUCAGAAGGAUGCACGUUGGGAUCAAAAGCUCUAUUGCGGUAUUUUGGAUAUUGCUAACACUAGUCAAGAAGUGACUGCCAAUAUUAAGUCAUGGGCAAUGCGUUCAAUCGGGCAUCAUGCGACGGCGAAAGGGGAAGCACGCACAGUUGGCAUUGCAGCAGGGGAUUUGAGCAAGCAUUGGAAUACGGCGGAAAGAACUGUCAUACAUAUGCCAUUCAUAUAAGUUUGUCCGACUCGCAAAUGAGGAAAUUAUUAUUAUUAUAUGUAAAAGAAAUUUUCCAAAAAAAAAAA